AACUGCUGGUGCAGCUGGUUGAACUUCUCUGCUUAAAUCUUCUGAUCGUCCAGUGAACUACCCCAUUUACAUUUUAUUACCCGGAAGAAUUUGCGUUGUUUCUGCACUGUAUAGAAGGCGACAAUGAAAAUAGCGCUGUUACACGUAACAAUCCCCCUCGUACUUUGCGUUUUAAUAGCUACCAGCGGGAUAUUCAGCUCUGUUCAAGUAGACUUGACCUAUGACCACUAUGCCGAGAGAACGGUGGAUUAUCUUCCUGCCUUCUUGGCAAUGCCAUUUAACUCCCUGGUCAACUUGGGAUACAUCGCAAUGGGAAUUUAUUGGCUACUUCAGCGUGCAGGAGAUCAAGAGGACAAGAACACUGCUUAUGUGAAAGACGUGUUCACUGUCAUGGCAAUAACAUACGCGCCGGUACAGUGGGUCCGGCUUGCAACCCUGAGUCGGCUGCCUGCUGUUUUGGACCAGUGGUUCACGCUACCCAUUUUCGCGUGGGUGCCAGUUUGGUGUCGGUUCAUUACGCACGGAUGGCAGCCGCGCCACGCGCUGGCUGUGGAGCUCUGCUCUAUGUUCAGCUACGCUUUGGCUCUGGUUCACGACCGCGGGUUCGAGGUGGCUCUCGGCUGUCACGUGGCCCUUGCGGUGACCGAAGGCGUCCGGGCUCAGCGGCGCUUUGGGGACCCUCUCUCCCGGCGGUACUUGGCCCUGGCGAUGCUAACCUGCUGUGGAUUCGUAGCCCUGAAGCUGCUAGACCACCCCCUGGCACAAUACCGGGUUUUUCAGCGCCUCACGGGACAUUUCUGGUCCAAAGUGUGCGACAUUUACCAGUUUCACUUCAGUUUCUGCUUCCUCACGCGCCUCACGAGACUGGCACAGCGGCGCGAAGAGUAGCCACAUCUCCGGUUUCAGAAAAAAAAAUCGCGUAUUGUGAAUAAUAUCAAUCCAACAAAGCAAUUGCUGUAUGAUGCAAAAUGUAUAUAUUUUUAACAUAAUGACACAAUGGAACAUAAAAUCAGAUGGCUGUUUAUUUUAACAGCUCAAGUAAACCUGGUCUGGCCCCUGCCACUGACUGUAAUGUCUUACAGCUGGUUAAAACGAUGUUUUACAAAAACGUAUCAAUUGUGUUUUUGUACUGAACAAAUUGUACGUAAUUUUUAGUAAACAUUUUGUUUAUGAAUGAAAAUGAAUUGCACUUUGAAAAUAUGAUUUGGUACAUAAAACAUUUGUUCAUAACAAAAGAGCAGUAAUGCAUAAUAAAAGUUAAAUUCGCUUC